CCAUGUACACAGCAAGUAAAUGUCACACGUUGGGCCUGUGACUGCUCUCUACGAUGGCUUAUUUAAAGCCCUGUCUGGCUACAUGAAGGCACUAAAGGAUUAUUUCCACUUGCUCACUCACUGACCCUCCCUCCUACAACACAAAACAUACAAGCACAGUCAAGCAGGAACCAUGACAAGUACUGUCCAGGAGGAAAGACCCUUUGUCAAGGCCGUGCAGAAGAUCAAAUGUGCCGCCAUGGUCCACAGUCUUGCCAAAAGCUGGCAAAGCUGGGCCACUGAGAACUCAGUCAGACAAGAGACAAUACCCUCUGGGUGGUUGCCCACCUCCAUUAUUGAGGAUGAAGAGAAGGCAAAGCAGAACAAGACAAAAGUCGUGGUCAAGACCCGCGUGAUCAAGGCAGACUCUGACUGCGACAGCUUGAUCCGGACAGUUGACCUGAUCAAAAGCCACCUUACAAAGCGCAGCGAGUGCAGCAGCGACCUGGUGAACUCCAUCAAGGACAAGAUCCAGAUGGUGCCUGAGGGUGGUAAUAAGCCCUUUCUGGGCAACGAGUCGCCCACCCGUAGACGUCUGGCUGUGAGAGCACACGUCCACCUGGGUAGGCAGGAGUAUAAGAUGGGCACCUGUAGCAACAGUUUGGUCACAGAAGACAGAGAGGAGGCCGGACUCAGCCAUAACAGCGACCAGAGCAACCAAAGCCAGCUGAAGGAACAGAUAAACAGACCUAAGAUAAAAGUAACCUCCAUAAGUGACAUCAAGAGCAGGUGGCAGCAGUGGUCACAGCAGCAUACGGAGAGUCAGAAGCUCAACCCCUUUAGUGCGGAGUUUGACUACAAUCAUGCCAUUGCCCAACGGCUUCAGAAGGGUGAUGAAGGCUACGGACGCCCCAAAGAUGGAACCCAGACAGCCUUGCGCGGUGAACGAGCUCAUAAACAUAUCCACAAAGAGAUGGAGGAGUUAUGCUGGAUAAUUAGAGAUAUGGGUUACAAGGACAAGAAUGGCAAAUAUUUCAUCACCUUCGGCAGGCUGUUUGACCGCUAUGUCAAAAUCUCAGACAAAGUGGUGGGCAUCGUUUUACGCUGCCGCAAACAUAAAAUGCUUGACUUUGAGGGAGAGAUGCUGUGGAAAGGCCAGGAUGACCAUGUAAUUAUAACUCUGAGAGAUGAGAAAGAGGACUAGAUGUGAAAUUCUUGACCUGCAUAUCCCCUUUCAUUCAUAGUUUACCCAGACGACACAGGUUUUCAUGUUUUGCACAGCAACAUGUUAGUAGCAGAUGUCAGACAUUUGCUAACCAAGAUGGCCUUUGUUCAUGAGUUUAACAAUGGUCACUGGGCAUGAAUAACCAGCCAAAUUAUGAAUGCUAACUUUGCUGGACAUUGGAAAAUCUCUUCCUCAUGCUGACUAUGGUAGCCAUGAACUGUUGUAACCACUAAUGGAGACCUCUUUGAUGUGUCUCAGUCACACAGUUAAUAGUGGUGGUCACCGUUUUCUGAGGUUCCAAUGUACUGUUUCUGCUAGAAGCUGGUUUUGAAUGUAAACUGUGCAUUUAGGAAUGGAAGGCCAUCUUUAAUAUGGGGACCAUUAUUUGCUGCAAAUGUCACCAUCAUAAUCAUAUCAUAGACUUGUUUUGUUGGUUUUCAAAACGGUCAAAAGACACAGACAUCAUUGGUCUUCUGCAAAACAGUAAAUAUGUUAACAUAUUGUUGUCUUCAGAAAGAACAAAAAAUCCUCAAAACAAUAUACUGUGAAAGCUGCAAAUACAAUAUGUGAACUUGACUUACUACAUAAAGAUACGAUCAUAAAAACCUAA